GCGAUUCGGCGCCUGCGCACGAGUUAUCGUGUGCUGUCUCGCCUGCUCAGGACGAACCGAAAUAAAUCGAACGACGCUGAGCCGAUCAGCAGUACGGUAUUUGCUGAACGUGAGCGUUCCGUGUUAGUGAUGAUCAAAACGAACCGUUACCGUCAUUCCGAUUGUUGUUCGUGGCACUGUGCGAAGACGAAACAACCGUGAUCCGUAAUUCGUGCUUCGAGCACCGAGUUGCAAGGUAGAGAAAAGACCAAGAACCUGCGUUGUCGUUCGCUGUCGCGGUCACGGAUGCAUAUGGAGGUGCGUAUAAUGCCCAUUUCGACGCAUCCUCCCUCAUUUCUUUGUGUCCCCGAACCGGCGCUGUCUGAACCAGCUCAACAGCUGAUCGGAGUACGAAGCGGCGGUGAACGGGGCCACUAUCGCACCACCACCCCGCGUUUCGGUGAAAUCCCUUCAGUCUCGUGUCCACUGGGUAAAAGACAAAUUUUAGCGAAGGAAGAGAUCUGUCCUCGUGCUCCUGGCAAAAGGAUAGGACGGAGCAAGAGCGAAGUAUCUUGCCCGCUUGGAUACGCCAUUCAUCAUGGUCAAAACUUUUCAAGCGUAUCUACCUUCCUGUCAUCGCACUUACUCGUGCAUUCACUGCCGUGCUCAUCUCGCCAAUCACGACGAACUCAUUUCUAAGUCCUUCCAGGGCAGUCAAGGUCGUGCCUAUCUCUUUAAUUCCGUGGUGAACGUAGGUUGUGGUCCCGCGGAAGAGCGAGUUCUAUUGACCGGGCUGCACGCAGUCGCCGAUAUCUAUUGUGAAUGUUGUAAAACCACCUUAGGAUGGAAAUACGAGCAUGCAUUCGAGUCAAGUCAGAAGUAUAAGGAAGGAAAAUUCAUAAUCGAACUUGCCCAUAUGAUCAAGGAGAAUGGAUGGGAAUGAAGAGCAAAGAGGAAUGCAAGUUCUCUGUGCCUCUUGUCAAACUUUUCCUGACAAUGCCUACAAUGUUGUUCUAAUUGCAAUGUGCGACCCCUCUCCAUUCGAACCACCAACGAAAGUCUGUGAUUUCAUUUGUGAUUUGUAAUCUUAGUAAUUUUUAUGUUUCGGACAUUUCGUCACCAAUUUCCGUUGACUCUAAUCAAAUCGAGCAAAGGCACAUUGGCGACCCGUGAUCGCUGGUGGACACAUUUCACAUCAAGUAUCGCAAAGAAAUUAUUUUUCAAACGGAGAAAAGAUAGAGUAAGACAAUGAUGUCGAUCGAUGGUGAAUAUGAUGAGAAAGAAGGUGCCAUGGUGGAAAUAAAGAAGCGAGAUUGCUCGGUACGAGCAGUGGGGUGCCCCCCUACCUUCACCAUCUAAUCUUGAUUCGUUAUUCUUGUAGACAUUGCGUGCGUCGUACAUGUCAAUAAUGAAUAUUACAGAUUAACGCGCGGGGCACCCCGAAAUCAGUUUUAUUCGUUACGCACCGGAACAGCGCAAGUGCCACAGAUUUUGCCGGACUGAUUGCCUGCCUGCCGCGUCUGUCAUUGGAAUUUCACUGCCGAUAUUCCUAAUAUUAAUUAAGAUACUGAACGUCGUAUUUAGACGGCGCAAUAGUAUAGUUCUAGUUUAGCUUACAUCAUAGAGUACUAAAGCCUAUAUUAUAUUAUAUUAUAGGACCUCGUGGAUUUAGAAAAUAGGGAUAAAUAAGAAUCGUGGAGCAAGAAGCAGGAGACAGCGAAAGAGAGAGAGAGAGAGAGAGAGAGAGAG